UGCUGGUGUUAAAGCUGACUGAUAUAGUGCGUUUUUUUCAUCGUAGGCUGCGUUAUGACAUAGACUCCCACUUGGCCGGUCUAGCUUUUUGUUUAUCUUUUGUUAUUCGCCAUAGGCAGCAAGCAGCUAUACACCAACAGCUGCUCCUUCUCAAAUUUGGCUAAGCUGCAUGCCUCACCUGUGCUGUGCUCUGGCUGUGGUUCCAAUUCCAAUCCAAUCACAGUUUCAGUUUGAUUUCAAUCGUAGUCUUGGUAAGGUUGAUAUCGGAUAGCGUCAGUGGUAAACUCGUCGCGAUUCAACCUUUUGUCGUAACGUUCUUCCAAACUCUGCUUACUUAUACAAUUUCGUGUUCUGUUUUAAAUAAUCUUCUUUGAUUUAUUGUGUUUAUAUUAUUUAUUAAUUAUUUCUGUUGGGUCUUCCCCGAGGACACAAACACACAAUACGUCUUCUCUCGAAUUGGAAUAAAGACAUCUUGGCAUACAUUUUGGAUACAAAUAAGAUGCGCGAGAGAACUGCGCGACGAGGGCCAAAGUUUCCUCUUCCAGUGGAGACUUCUGAUUCCACUUAUUACUCUAUUGACACAACAGAGGAUAUCUAUGGGACAACUCUUUUGCCGUCGCAAAGGUGUUAUGUCGACCCAUGGGAUUUGGAAAAUUAUGACUACGUCCGCAAGUCUGUGAAGAUAGAUCCAACCCCUCAGAGUACUUCUUUCUAUGACAGUUCGAAGUCUCCAAGUCCGGCUGGAGAGCCGGUCGCAACACAGUAUUUUUACAUGCAGAAAUCAGGUGAUUUUGAGUGCGCUGACUGCUACAGCAAGGCUGAUGAAGAAGCACUUUUCAACACAGUUAAGUACGAUGAUUAUCCUGGUGGAGAUCCAAGGAUGUACAAUACUUAUGGAGAUUUUGGCAGCUCUUCCCCCUCGUCAGAGAGGAACAGCAGCUGUGGAGAAGAAAGUGUCGCCACUCUGAGGCGCAAUACAACUGCUGGAUUUGGUGCCACUCCCAGGCGACGAGGCAUGUCACUGCCCAAACCUGAACCAAUGGUCGAUUAUCCUUCAGCUCCUUAUGACUAUUGUAGUCCUUAUGGAGAGACUCCUUAUGCGUCAGUUUGCAGUGUACCAGAUUGCUAUGAGUGCCUUUCCCAGAACCACAAUGCCUUACUCUACUCCAGCCCUCCAUCGAUCUAUGAAAGUUCAUUUUAUGGAAGUACCCUGAGCCGAAGAUCUGAAUCAUUGUACGGCAACACCUAUGGCAAUAAAUUUGGAUUGAGUAAAAAAGGUUUACUGCAAAUCGAUUAUUCUUGUAGUUGGAAUGAUUUGGAUCGUGUUAUUGGGAGAAACUUUUAAAGAUUUGUAAAUUGUUUUUUGUUUUCUUUUAAUUAUUUGUAUGUAUUUUGCUUAUGUUAAAGGGAACCUAUCUAUGUAUUAUUUUUUAAGAUAAACCAAAUAAAAUAUUUAGUUUUCUUUACAGUU